CCCCGCACUACUAUUUUAACUUUGAAGCCUGGGAAGUGGGGGUGGGACCCAAAACAAAGUAGGCCAGCCCAGCUAGAGUUUUCAAACCUUUGCUUGUUGAGGCAUGCUCCGAACUCUCUUGCAGACUACCUGCUUUCAGAAGCUGAAAUCUGUCAACAUGAGCUACACGGCUGCUGCAACUUCCAGCAGCAAUCCGCGGCUGUUUCAGGACAAAGUAGCCCUGGUGACGGCCUCUACGGAGGGGAUCGGUUUUGCUAUUGCCCGGCGUCUGGCCCAAGAUGGGGCCCAUGUUAUCGUAAGCAGCCGAAAGCAGCAUAAUGUGGAUCGAGCUGUGGCAGAGCUCCAGAAGGAGGGACUGAGUGUGACGGGUACCGUAUGCCAUGUGGCAAAGGCAGAGGAUCGCAAACGACUGGUAGCCACGGCUAUAGAACGCUAUGGAGGUAUUGAUAUUCUGGUCUCUAAUGCUGCUGUCAACCCCUUCUUUGGUAAGCUGGUGGAUGUCAGUAAGGAGAUUUGGGACAAGAUCCUGGAUGUUAACUUGAAGUCCACAGCCCUGCUGAUGAACCUAGUGGUGCCAGAGAUGGAGAAACGCGGAGGUGGCUCAGUGGUGAUUGUGUCUUCCAUUGCUGCCUACAUGCCCUUCCAGUGUCUGGGUCCCUAUAAUGUCAGCAAAACAGCCCUGCUGGCACUCACCAAGAAUUUUGCUUUUGAGUUGCAACCAAUGGGCAUUCGGGUGAACUGCCUGGCACCAGGUCUCAUCAAGACCAAUUUCAGCUCUCUGUUCUGGAAAGAUAAAGAUGAUGAGGCCCAAAUGAAGAAUAUCCUGAAUAUAACCAGGCUGGGGGAGCCUCAUGAAUGUGCAGGCAUUGUGUCUUUCCUGUGUUCACCAGAUGCUAGCUACAUCACGGGAGAAACAAUAGUAGUGGCUGGAGGAGCCCCUUCCCAUCUUUGAUCAGAUGAAAACACCCUAGCAGCUAUCUAUAAUGAAGAGAAGGCUGAAGAUUGGACACUCAUCUCUUCCAACUUCGUCCAUCAUUGAUUUCCCUGGAUUUGAAAACAAAAUCGACUCAUAAAUAAGCAGCUAAUAAUUUCUCUGUUUGCCACAUAGGCAAUAAACGCCAUCCUAAGAAAAUCUGUCCUGGAACAGGCGUUAAGAUCAAAGAUAGAACUGAAAUAUUCACUUUUCUACAUCAAAUCUACUUUUUACCAAACUAAAUCCAGUUAGAAGAAAGGAGGAUUGAGUAUUGAGAGUAGGACCAGGCCAGGGAACUGAAAAGAGAUUUAGAAACACUGGAGAUAGGAGGGAAAUGCCUGGGGAAUAAUUGGGGGAAGGGACAAAUCUCUGAUUUCUGUUCCAUUAAAAAUAAAAUUAACUUGCAAAUAAUAUGCAAA